CGGCGGCUGCAGGUUGCUAGGUUUUCUCAUUUAUUUUAUAGUGAAUUCGACUUUCGAUUUAAGUAUCUGGCCAUGGACGACGAUGACCUGGAGUCCAGUUUCGGGCAGCUGGACCUCGGAGAGCGGCUCAAGUUGUCUGCUUGGGGUUUGCCGCCAAGUGUUGUCAAGGCUUAUCGUGACAGGGGCAUCGACGAGAUGUUCGCUUGGCAGGCCGAGUGUAUGGCACUGCCAGGGGUGUGGACGCAGACGUCCGACUUGGUCUUGUCCGCUCCGACUUCCGGAGGCAAAAGUCUCGUUGCUGAAUUGCUCGCCGCAAAAACUGUCAUCCGCAGGGGCAAGAAGGUUGUCAUAGUGUUGCCUUUCAAGGCCUUGGUUGCUGAGAAGACCAAUUAUUUAAAGGCUGUCUUUGCCAGGACCGGCGUGAAGGUUGUUUCCUUUACUGGAAAUUCCUCAGCGUGUCCGUUUUCCAUGGUCGAUGUGGCCAUCUGUGUGACUGAGAAGGCCAAUUCGCUCAUCAAUCGUCUUGUCUCCGAAGGCUCGAUUUCCUCCCUGGGCCUUUUGGUGGCCGACGAGUUGCACACCCUGGCCGAUCGCAGUCGCGGCUACAUUUUGGAAAUGCUGCUCUCGAAAAUAAAAUUUCUAAAGCAGUUCAAAGGCGCUGAGGUGCAGGUCAUCGGCAUGUCCGCCACUCUAGGCAACUUGGUCGAACUAGCCGAGUGGCUCGGAGCCCAAAAGUACGAGACUGACUUCAGACCGGUGUCCCUAGAGCAGAGAAUUUUGGUCGGGGAAAGCGUCUUUUCACACAACUUUGAAAAAAUAGAGGACUACAAACCUUUGAUAAAUGUCAAGGAUGACUGUGAAAAUGUGGUUGACCUUACUGUAAGGAAGGUCCUCGAUGGAAUGUCCGUCCUCAUAUUCUGCAUGACCAAAGCGCACUGUGAAAACCUGGCUGUGAAAAUUGCCAAGGAGAGCAUAAGAGUUGGUAGAGGCCUGUGUGGUAAAGAGUUGGCGACAGGAAUCCAGCAGCAAAUAACAGAGGCGGCUGCCUUGGAGAUGCGAACCUUGAUAGACGCCUGUUCACCCAGCAAAGAGCUGCGCUCCUGCGUUUGUUUUGGGGUGGCUUUUCACCAUGCUGGAUUGGCUGAUGACGAGAGGGCCGUCGUAGAGGAGGGCUUCAGAAGCGGCCGCCUGCGCAUCCUGGUGGCCACCUCGACCCUCUGCUCAGGUGUAAACCUGCCUGCCUCCGUGGUCAUUGUUCGCAUGGGCAACAGACUGGACAGGCAGAUGUACCUGCAGAUGGUGGGACGAGCCGGAAGAACGGGGGUUGUCAAAAGUGGAGAGAGCUUUCUGGCCGUUCCGAACAGCAUGACUGCAUUGGCAAAAAAACUGGUUUCUGAGGAGGUGUCCAGAGUUGAGCCAAGUCUCGGGGGCAACCUCAUGCGGGCCCUUCUCGAAGCUAUAUCUACAGGUAUGGCAAGUAGCAAACAGGAACUUUUGUCCUUUCUUGGCUCCACUUUAUACGGCCAAGGCAAAAACGAAGUUCUUCAGAGUGACUUGGAGGAAAUUUUGGAAGAUCUCUGCCAGUCGAGUUACGUUCGACAGAAGGAAGAGGCCUCUGAGCCGACCCGUCUUGGUACUGCUUGUGUUGCGGCUGGAGCAAGACCGGAAGACGCCAAAAUGUUGUACGAAGAGUUGAAAAAGGCGCAGAAAUCUUUUGCCCUUGACACGGAGCUCCACCUUUGUUACCUGACAACACCGCUGUACAGUGGAGACUGGGGUUCUUUUGACUGGCUGCACUGGAUGAAAGUCUUCAACUCUUUGCCACCCGAGUACAAAAGGGUUGCAGAAUUGAUCGGCGUUAGAGAGAAUUUUAUUGGGAUGAUGAUGGCAAAGUCUUCUUCCUUCAUAAAUCAAGAAUCAUUGGCAACGAUGGAGCGUCAUCAAAGGUUUUUCAAAGCUCUAGCAAUGAUGGAUCUCAUUCAGGAAAAGCCGCUAUCUGAAGUUUCAGCCAAGUUUGACACUACCAAAGGUGCCAUGCAGGGCCUCCAACAUUCGGCAGCAAUGCAAGCUGGACGAGUCAAGGCUUUUUGCCAACAAUUAGGUUGGACCUUGAUGGAAGCUCUUAUGAAGUCUCUGCAGCAACGACUCCAGUUCGGAGUUUUGCCUGAGCUCUGCGACCUGAUGAGAGUUGAGCUAUUGAAUGGACAACAGGCCAGAGCCCUAUACCAAGCUGGUAUAGAAGGAGUCUCGGACUUGGCCAGAAGUGGUGUCGAGGUCAUCGAAAGAAUCUUGACCAACAUGCCCAAGUUUGGAAGUGCAGAACAAGAGAAUCAAGUGCAGCUCGGAAUAAUUAUAGAAGGUUUGGGAACCCUUUCCGAGCGCCAAGCUGCAACUCUGAUCCUUGAAGCAGCCAGAGAAUUAAUGCAAGAGGAACUUGGUUUGAAGAACAUCGACUGGGAGCAGCGUCGGCAGUUGUCUCUGACUCAGACACCUCCCCGAAGCCAAGCCACUCAGAGAAGUCAGCAGGUCUACAGCCAGGAAAGCCCUCAAGUGAAUGAAAUCGAAGACGCAAUUGCAGUACUUGAGGCUUCUUGUAAUACACCGCACAGGACCCCUGCCAAAAUCGACCAACUCAGUCCUGACCCUUUUGAUGACAGUAUGGAAAGCGUCGAAACUGCCAAAGAAGAGCCGCAGAUUGCUGACAAGGUGGCUGUCAUAUCUGUAAAUAAGGAUUUGCAGGUGGAUUUCCUCAACACGAUAAAACAGGUCAAAACGAUGUCCUUGUCUUUGGCUCUUGGCCAGGAUGACAAAAUCCAACAAGUUGUCCUGGCCUGUGAAGUUGCUAGUGAAACAAUUAUCUUCUGUCUCAUCUUGAAAGAACAACUUGAAUUUUUGUCCCAACUUCUUCGCAACAGGCUAGUCCAGAUUCAGAUGAAUAAUUCCGUGUCGAAAAUAAGACUUUUGUUAGACCACUUCAAUUCUAUAGAUUGCCAACUUUUUGAUCCAGUUCUGGCAGCAUGGAUUUUGAAUCCGGACAAACCUUCGUACUCUCUUGCACAAGUGGUCCAAGGGAUGUUUCCUGAGUGGACAAGCUUUGUGUCAAAUUUAAGCAGGCAGAAUUUGUGUCCGCGAUCUGUCGACGAGGCUGUGACGGAAAGUUUAAUGUGCCUGAAAGUCGGCUCUCAUUUACAGGGAUGGCUUAAAUCGUACAAAUAUAUGCAUAUUUUGACAGAUAUAGACAUGCAGGCUGUGAAGGUUAUUGCCGGAUGUGAACAAAGAGGGUUUGCUGUCAGCAAGUCGGAAGGGAUGGCUUUGGAAGCAAAACUCGAAAACGCCCUCAAAGAUUUACAGAGAAAAGCCAUAUCUUUAGCUGGCUGCAGUUUUGAUCCUAAUAAGAGCUCCGACAUUAAAAAAAUUGUGUAUUACAAACUGAAGUUAGGAGGGCCGAAGUGCAAGCCGUCAACCUCUAAAGAGGCACUCCAGGCUUUAGAGGAGAAACAUCCCCUCCCUCGGAUUAUAUUAGAAUAUAGAAAAAUCCACCAUGUUUUAAAUGCAACCGUUGCACCAGUUUUGAAAAAUUUAGACAAAUCUGUUUUACACCCGCGGUUCAACUUUUUGGUGGCAACUGGUCGGAUACACAUGCACGACCCCAACUUGCAAAGUGUUCCGAGAGACUUCGCCCUUCCGGACGGAUCCAACCUGAGUUUGCGAAGCAUGUUUGUUGCCCGUCCAGGUCAUACCUUGAUCUCAGCCGACUACAGCCAGAUUGAACUUCGACUUAUGGCGCACCUCAGUGGAGACGAGUUUUUAACUGGCCUAUUGAACUCGGGCGAGGAUGUUUUCAUUAAUUUAGCCAGUCGGAUUAACAAAACUGAAAAUGUCACCGAGGAAAUGAGAAGGCAGGCAAAGCAGAUUUGCUAUGGUCUCUUGUAUGGCAUGGGGGUGGACAGACUGAAGGAGGAGCUGAAGGCCCCUGCAGAUAAGGUCCACAUCUUGUACGAAUCCAUACAAGCUGAACUCUCCGCACUAUUCGACUUCAAAGAAUCAGCCGAGCAAGAAUGUCGAAAAACUGGAAAAGUUACCACCAUGUUUGGACGAGUGCGGCUUCUUAAUUUAGCUCGAAACGCGGCCAACAGCAUUGUGCAAGGGUCAGCAGCAGACCUGGCCAAGAAGGCAAUGGCCAGAGUCAAAGAAGCCCUGGGGUCACAAAGGGUAGAGGCGCAUUUGCUGCUGCACAUGCACGACGAGUUAAUCUAUGAAGCCAGGAUGGCCGACGUGGACAAAGUGGUGAAAAUUGUGAGAACAGAAAUGGAGUCCGUCGGAGAUGGAUUGAAGGUGCACCUCCCGGUCAAGGUCAAGGUCGGACCUAACUGGGGUCUCUUGCAAGAAUUAAUUACAAUUUGAAUUACCCCGGUGAGCUUCUUGGUGUUUUGACCACAGUGCAGUUUUUGAGAUAACCCUGCCGGCGGUGCGCACUAAAGACGAGCAUCACCCCCACACGUCACUUGUUCUGUGGCGGGCGGGCGGCGCCGACGUCACCGAAAGGAGGCCGCCGUUGACAAUUGGGCCUUUUUAUCGGAGCGGCGCAUUAG